AUGUAUAAUAAGUUGAGAUCAACGGGCGUGCAGCCAGUUAGACUGUAUGGAUUAGCAAAAGUACACAAACAAGGCACACCACUUCGUCCCGUCCUUUCUUUACCUGGUAGCUCAUAUGACAACCUAAAUAAAACAUUGGCAAAGUACUUUGAUGAAAUUGAGGAGGCAAAUAUAGAAACGAACACUCAAAUGGCCAGGGAGAUCUUGGAGAAAACUGAGUUGGACUCUGACGAGAGUAUAAUCUCCCUUGAUGUAAAGAGUUUGUACACUAAUGUCCCGCUCAAGGAAGCGGUUGAAAUAGCCCUGAAGAGAUUAUAUGAGCAAGUCAACCCUCCGGAAACAUCUCGCAAGACUAGGAAAAAACUACUGAAUUUGGCAGUGAGUAAGGUACACUUUAAAUGCAAUGGUUAA